GCCGCCCAGAUAACUGGACGCAAAAACAACUGAUCAAGGAUGCCUAACGAACGAAAUGAGUUUGCUACUAUUCUUUUCGGCUCCAUACGCUGGAAAAGGGGCUCUAGCUGAUAAAACGCUAGUCCCUUCCUUGGUGCAUAUCUUCACGUGAAGUAAAAUCCGCCAGGUCUUCAUCUGAGAUGAGUACGCCUCAACCACUGAAAUAACGUAACAUGAUCCGUCGACAGCAUAAGAAGUCGAGGAAGGGGUGCUUAGUCUGCAAACAACGCCACAUUCGGUGUGAUGAACAGCGACCAACGUGCCUCAACUGCAUCAGGGCCGAACGAGUGUGCUCAUAUCCCAGAAAUCAGAGCCGCGUCAGGACCCCACAAGAUCCGUCCAGUCAUGAACCCAGGGAGACAGAGGGAUCAUGCAGCAACGAGCCUGAAGAGUACCAACAGGACACCAACCAUGAUGUCAUCAACAUGCUACACUUGGAGCUUAUGUUCCACUUCGACUUCAAUGUUCACGUGCCCGAAUUUGGUGGUAGCGCCAAAGAGUCCGCAACGAAGUUUGUCCUGCAGACUGCUUUGGAUGCGCCCUUUUUGAUGCAUGCAAUCUUGGCCAUAUCUGCACAACAUCUAUCCGUGACCCGUCCCGUAAACGCUAUGCGGUAUCAGAAUCAGGCAGUGGAGUUGCAGACGAAAGCAAUCGAAUUGUAUAAUGCCGCUUGUCAGGACAGCGGCCGAGAAAGAUCUGUUGCACGGCUGCUGUUCUCUUCUAUCCUCGGACGGCAUAUCAUAUCUGAUGUGCUUCAAAACAAUGGGCUCGAUUUCCCAUCCUUUCUUGCGCGGUACACUCGGGGUGUUCAAAUUUACCGUGGCGUAAGAGCUGUAGCGGCAGAGGAAGACUGGUCUCAACUGUUAGGAUCUGACUUGGGCCCGAUAAUGACCCAGGGCGCAGAUACCGGUGCUUAUGACAAUCUUAUCGAAUUGAGUGAUGCGUCAUGGCAUUUGAUCUCUAAUUCUCAUAAUCUGGAUAACGAGGAAAAGACAGCGUGUGGAACAGCGCUUCGGCUGAUUGAGACAGGCUUCGAGAAUCUGAGGCAACUGACAAAAAUUGAGCUUGGCCGACGCAUGAUUUUUAUGUGGUCAAUCAUGCUCCCUGAUUUAUUUAUCAGUCUAUUGGAAUGUCAAACUCCCGAAGCAAUUGCUAUCUUAGGCCGCUACGCUAUGCUGCUUCACUUCGGAAGAAAUAUAUGGCAAGUCAGGGAGGCGGGCCCACAUCUUUUGAAGGCAGUGAUGGAAUUCUUAGGGCCUACGUGGGAUACGUGGCUCACAUGGCCUGAAAGCUUACCGAACCCAUUGCAGGUAGCCAUAGAUAGUGGUUGA